AUGGGGAAUAGAUGGUUGGCUGGAAAUAUGUUGAUGAACCCAAUGUUAUCAUCAUCAGCUCCAUUUCUUCACCUUGGAAACACUGCAGAGGAUAAAAAUGCUGUCUUGAAUCUCCUUGGACCGCCCAGAAGAGAGCAAGAAUCCAUAUACACAACCACUACCAAUCCAUCAAAUUGCAAUGGGAGCAACGCUAUUAAUCCAAAUCUUAACCAAAAUUUUGCAGAUGGAGAGAGUCGAGAAAAUGACUACGAAGUCGAAGAAGAGAGGCCUCCUGGAGAUCCCGAAAUUUCAAAGCCGUCUAUCUUAGGACGCCGGCCUAGAGGCAGACCACCAGGCUCGAAAAACAAGCCCAAGUCUCCAAUUGUAAUAGCAAAAGAAAGUCCAAAUACUCUACACAGCCAUGUGUUGGAAAUCAGCAGUGGCAGUGACAUUGCACAAAGCAUUGCCACUUAUGCACAGAGGCGUCACUGUGGUGUUUUGGUUUUGAGUGGCAAUGGAGUUGUAACCAAUGUGACCUUACGCCAACCAGCGUCUCCGGGUGGAGUGAUAUCCCUCAAUGGAAGAUUUGAGAUACUAUCGUUGUCAGGUGCAUUCUUGCCGGCACCAUCGCCGUCAGCAGCCACUGGACUUGCCGUGUACUUGGCUGGUAGUCGGGGCCAAGUACUGGGCGGCACCGUGGUGGGUGCAUUGGCGGCAUCAGGGCCUGUAAUGGUGGUUGCUGCGACAUUUACCAAUGCAAGAUAUGAAAGGUUACCUGUAGAAGAGGAGCAGGCUAGUGAAGAAAUCCAAGUACAGCCCUCAUCAAAAAUGAGUUCAGGAACUGGCGGUGCUUUUGGGUCCCAUUCUCAUUGUUUACCGACGGAUGGCCCAGAAUCGUUUGCAGGUUUAUAUAACCUGCCCCCGGAUUUGCUACCUGCCAAUGUUCAAAUGCCGCAUGAUGGCUUUUGGACGGUGCCUCCACCUUCCUAUUGA